AUGUUCGACCCUCAUUGUCUCUUGUUCUUGCGCCUGAUUACAGACAAGGGCUUGUUAAAGUCGCUGGUACUCGAACAGGCUGUUGGAACUAUCUACAACGUCAUAUAUGGGCCUCAUGGGACGAGAGCAGUUUCUUUCUUUCGGAAUGUUAUGGACUGCUUGCAAGAAGCCCAACCGGAAACUGACCUCGACUCGAGAUCCAGCAACCACAACGGCAACACCAUGAGCCGCCUUGCGCAACUGGCCCUCGUUACAAAAGCCCUACUCCAGGUCGUGACCGCUAAUCAAGGUGCAGCGCUCAAGGCCGAGUUCAAAGACAUAGUCGCAAAGCUGAAUGCACACUAUGUGUCCGAGAAUAUUGCGACAAGCAGUGGAACGGAUGAUCAGUCACUGAAGGGCUAUGAAAGCCUUCGCAAAGUCGCUGAUAUCCUUGCCAUGGGAGACAAGAUUGCAAGCCUCGGGUCAAGUGGAAAGGCUUCCUCCUCAAUGUCCGGCAAGAACGACCUGGUGGACUUCCCCGGCAAUCUAGCACAGCUCGGCCCACGACAUGACAAUGACUACGCAUUGAUAGAGGACAUUAGGAUACUUCCAACACUCUCUGAAAUUUAUAGCCAGCGAAAGGACUUCCUCCCAAGAAGAGACGACAGAUCAUCAAGCUCCCACCACCAGGAAGGGAUCCUCCGCCUGCUCGACAGCCAGUUUCGACUGCUACGCGAGGAUACAUCGGGAUUGCUUCGAGAUGCUGUUCGACUAGUCACAGACUAUUGGGAAACUAUAGUCGCCAAUUCUAACUGGGCGGCUAAACGCAAACUAAUACGCAACGAAAGCCCAACGCCAAUGCGCAUUUAUUACAGUGCUCAAGUUCGGAUGUUCAAAGCAAGUGAGAUCAAGGGCCUGGAGAUUGAAGUCGAGUUUGACCAAAUACAGAGGGCCAAAAGAAUGAAUCCCGCUCAGCGAAGGAAAUACUGGAUCAACUCUCGUGCUCUUAGGGAAGGAUGUGCGCUCGUGGCACUACUGGACGCGGAGGUUGAGGAUGAUAUUAAGGUGGUUUUCAUGCAGGUUUCUAGACGAGAAAUUGACCCACUCAAUCAGACUACCUCGGACCCUGUCUGUGAUGUGGUAAGUAGUGCCGAACGGGCAAUGGUUACCCUCCGCUUUUCAAGCCCGCCAACCGGGGUCGAUCUCUCGAGUCUAAUGGAUAUGAAAGCGAAUUGCUUGCAAGGGCCUGAAAAGCCCUUGAUUCUACUAGAGUUUCCUGCGCUGCAGUACAAUCAGUUUGAGGGAAUCCUGCGCUGCCUUCAAUCACUCCACAAAAACCCUUCUCCCAUUCCGUUUACGAGAUGGUUGACUUUUGACGGAGACGAGCCACUUGACAGUGAUUUUGUCUCAUGUGUGCCGCCACCCUGCUAUUUGUCGAACGGUAGUCUCGAUCUCUCUGCAAUCACAGGGUACUACGGCCCUGCCUUGUCUUGCACUUCUGCGCCAUUAACGGUCUCACAUCCGACGUACCCACAAGGUCUAUAUCAGCAGCUAAGUCGAUUUACAUCACUGGAUCCUGGACAGGCGAGAGCGAUGGUUUCAGCACUGACCCACGAGGUCUCGCUCAUCCAGGGCCCACCCGGCACAGGCAAAUCGUAUGUUGGAAUACAGAUUGCAAAGUGCCUCCUCGGCAACAAGGAAAGAUUCGAUCUAGGUCCUCUUCUAUGCGUUUGUUACACAAAUCAUGCCCUGGACCAAUUUCUCUCGGAACUCAAGAAAUCCGGUGUGACCCGAAUUGUACGAAUCGGUUCCCGAAGUCAAUCAGAAGACAUGGAAUCCCUUUCGCUCGAUGCAUACAAGAAACGCAGAGACAUCCCUCAAAUCAAAGGCCAGGGGAGAUUUAUUAUUGCAAGCAGGAAAAAGCUAGACAGCUUGGCUGCACAGAUCGAUACCAUAUGUCAGGCACUAACACGAGGCCCUCUAGCUACGGUGCAUGGCUUUUUACAGGCACGAGUAUCUCAGUUCGAGGUCCAAAUACGCGAGGGGCACCUGGACCCCUUGGAACAGUUACAGACUUGGGUUACUGGCAACGGGCCUGGCAAAGUUGACGGAGAUGACACCGAACUCUCAAUCGAUCAGUUAUUCUCAGUGCCAGCAUGGUCCUUGACGAACAAGGAGCGUUCUCGCGUCUACCAAUAUUGCUAUGAGUCUGGCACCAGAGAUCAGUUACAGACUCUCGAGAACUUGAUGCGCGCCCACGAGAGGGAAAAACAACGGCACACUGCGCUCUUCACUGAAGCCGAUGCCCAGAUCUUCAAACAAGUGGACAUAGUCGGGGUCACGACAACUGGACUAGCAAACAACAUUGAUCUGCUUCGCACUGUUCAAGCCAAAGUUCUUAUUUGCGAAGAGGCUGGGGAAGUAUUGGAGUCACACGUCCUGACUGCGUUGAUUCCGUCGAUCGAGCAUGCGAUUUUGAUAGGAGAUCAUCUUCAGCUACGGCCUCGAAUCUCCCGUCUGGCCCUUUCCAUGGAGCAUGACAAUGGGGCCGCUAAAUAUAACCUGGACGAAUCACUCUUUGAGCGGCUGACCAAGCUCAAACUGACACUGCUGAAUGAAAAUAGUUCUGAAAAAGGAAGGGCAUUUGAAUUCCCCGUUGCACAGCUCGAUUACCAACGCCGAAUGCACCCUUCCAUCUCGUCGCUCAUCCGUGACGACUUGUAUCCCCAGCUCAAAGAUCAUCCGAGUACCAGCAAGUACCCGCAAAUCCCAGGGGUCAGACGGAGGCUGUUCUGGCUGGACCAUGAGAACCCUGAAGAUCCCAGUGAUCCCGAAGAACCAAUGCAGAGCAAGACAAAUACGUGGGAAGCGGAUAUGGUAACCGCUUUGGUUAGCCAUCUGUGCCGCCAAGGCAAAUACAAGCCAGGCGAGAUUGCUGUCUUGACGCCGUACGUCGGCCAGUUAAGGCUCCUCAAAGGCAAGCUAGAAAAUAUCGUAGACCUUGUGAUCAGUGAACCGGACCUUGCGGACUUCGACGAAUCGGAAGGCGAGAUAGGCCAGGCCACACCUGGUAUUAGAAGCACAGCUUUCCUUAGGGGCUCGCUUCUAGAUCAAGUCCGGCUGGCAACGGUGGAUAAUUUUCAGGGCGAGGAAGCUGUUGUCGUGAUCAUAUCUUUGGUCCGAAGCAAUCAGUUCAGGAAUUGCGGCUUUCUGAAGUCCCCGAAUCGAAUCAACGUCUUGUUAAGCCGGGCAAAGCAUGGCAUGUACAUCAUCGGCAAUGCGCAAACAUCCUGCCAAGUCCCUAUCUCGAGCUACAUUGCGCACGGCAUCCAGAAGCUCGUAUAUGCGUCGCUACGCCAGACGAUUUCGCCGAGUACGCGCCAGAGGGAGGCUGCUCAAACCAAUGUGGGCUGA